AUGAGUGGCAUGUGGCAUGGGAGCAAAAUCAACAUGGGUUUAGCACUAAGAGAGAAAUUAGGCUUGGUUUAUGAGAAAAGAAAGUGUUUAAGGGAUUUGGGGGCUCAACAUCCUCCUUUCCCGCGGCUGUGCAAUGGGAGCUUCCACUCUUGGUUUGCUGUUUUUUCUUCUUUUCUUUCCUCUUCCUUGGCUGAACCUGACGAAGGAAAAGAGGUGAAAAUACAUGCUGGUCCAAGGGAUGCUUCUGACAGCAUGCGGGAUGGUAUUCAUUGGUUCUUUGGAUGUCUCUGGCUUGAGACUGGUUUCCAGCAGCUUUGCUUAAGGAGUCUGCCAUCUGCUCUUCACGUGUCCUCUGCUUUCUCCAAAAGCUGA